AUGGACGGGCUGGAAGAAGUCGUGGUCGCGAAACGUGGACCGGCAUCACAUCCGCCGAGGACCUUUUUAGACUACUGCAAGAUGCCCGGCAAUUCGCUAACCCCUAUAAUAUAUAAGAGGUUGUUAACAACCUUUAGUAAUAAAGUGGCUCCUGAAGAACAAGAACUUGCUAAACAUAAGGGUUAUUAUGAAAAAAGUAAUUAUUUUGUGAAGCAGCUUAAAAAGCUAAAGCAUACAGGCUCCGAAUAUGAUUUUGUCCCAUUCGGUGUCGAGACCCCUGGUCCUUGGGGUCCUAGCGCUAUAAGGCUUUUUAAGGAAAUAGCAAAAUGGUUUUGA